AUGACGGGACGCGAAUCGCAUCGCAUCAAAGAUGCGGAAAAGAAACGUGUCUUGGACGAAGCAGCGCGGCAGCGACGCGCGCGCAAAGCUCUCGAAGCGCUGGAGCAGGACAAUUUCCAAGAUGACCCACAUGCCGAUCUCGUAAUGUCAAAAAAAUUGCCCAAAUUCCAGGACAGCAUCAAAAACAGCAAGGAGAAGAAGGGCAAACGGAAAGGCGCUGAAUAUUUUCGAGCCAAGUACCGCAAGAAUUUCCAACAGCUGCUGGAGGAAGAAAAACAAAAGCCCAACUACGAGACUGCAGCAGCUCCGGCGCCGAAGAAGCCCGUGCGUCAUUUUUGCGCCGUUUGCGGCAACUUCUCACAAUAUUCGUGCACUGCAUGUGGCACACGUUAUUGUCGCGUUCGCUGUCUUCGCACGCAUCAGGACACUCGUUGUUUAAAGUGGACCGCAUGAUUUUGGUUGUAAUGCAGCAAAAAUAAUUAGUGGUAGAAUAAAUUGCAAUAAACAAAAUGAAUAACGGCAGUGUUUCAUAUAAAAAUCAACGAUUGAUGAGUGACAGCAGUUUAAAGCUCAAAAAAUACCUUUUAAGAAGAUAGUAUUUUAAUACAAAAAUAUUGCAUUAUUGCUCAUCGAUUGUUACUUUCAUAUAUCGAUAGCAGCAGGCCCAGUGUUGUCAACCGUAUUAAAGUGUACAUAUUAUUUGUUCCACAUUUUUUGCGUUAUGCCUUGCGGUCACACAACCGCGCAGUCUCACAUCAUUUUUCAAACAGCAAAGUUGCGGCGCUCCGUCAAACGUAUUGUGUGAAAUUAAGUUAAAUUUGUAGUAUCUUAACGGCCACUGCAGCAGUCGCGAAAUUCAGCCAAAAUAGGAACUGACGAAAGUGCUUUCACAAUAUUUUAAACGUAUUUAAAAUCAAGCUAUAAGCAAAGCUCAACGAAGGUCAGCAGCCAACGACAAACAGCCGGUCGUGUGCGUGUGUGUGUAUGUAUGUGUGCGCACAUAUGAAUUAAAAAAAAAUCCCAA